AUGUCGCUGCGGACACUACCGCUGCUCUUCUUGAACUUGGGCGGGGAGAUGCUUUACAUCCUGGACCAGCGUCUGCGGGCCCAGAACAUCCCGGCAGACAAGGCCCGCAAAGAUGAAUGGACAGAGGUGGACAGAAAACGAGUUCUGAAUGACAUCAUCUCAACCAUGUUCAAUCGAAAGUUUAUGGAGGAAUUGUUCAAACCGCAAGAGCUCUACUCCAAGAAGGCCCUGAGGACUGUCUACGACCGCCUGGCUCAUGCUUCCAUUAUGAGACUAAACCAGGCCAGCAUGGAUAAGCUGUAUGACCUGAUGACCAUGGCUUUCAAAUACCAAAUACUGCUGUGUCCUCGGCCCAAAGAUGUGUUGCUGAUCACUUUCAAUCAUUUAGACGCCAUCAAGGGUUUCAUCCAAGACUCCCCAGCCAUCCUGCAUCAGGUGGAGGAGACUUUCCGGCAGUUGACUGAAAUAUACGGGGCACUGUCUGCGGGGGAGUUCCAGCUGAUCCGGCAGACGCUCCUCAUCUUCUUCCAGGACCUGCACAUCCGGGUAUCCAUAUUUCUAAAGGACAGAGUCCAGAAUUCUAAUGGUCGCUUUGUGUUGCCCGUGUCCGGGCCUGUUCCCUGGGGAACUGAAGUUCCUGGACUCAUCAGAAUGUUCAACGACAGAGGCAAAGAAGUGAAGAAGAUAGAGUUCAAGCAUGGUGGACACUAUGUCACUGCACCAAAAGAAGGUUCUUUUGAACUUUAUGGAGACCGAGUCCUGAAACUGGGAACCAAUAUGUACAGUAUGAACCGGCCCGUGGAAACCCACAUGUCUGGAGCAUCCAAAAACUUAGCUUCCCGGACACAGGAAAGCAUUGCUCCAAACCCUCUUGCUAAAGAAGAGCUGAAUUUCUUGGCCAGGCUGAUGGGAGGGAUGGAGAUUAAGAAACCCAGUGGCCCUGAGCCAGGAUUCCGGUUGAAUCUCUUUACCACCGAUGAAGAGGAGGAACAAGCAGCGCUAACCAGGCCAGAAGAGUUAUCCUAUGAGGUUCUCAACAUACAAGCUACUCAGGACCAGCAAAGGAACGAGGAGCUGGCUCGCAUCAUGGGGGAGUUUGAGGUCAUGGACCAGCCGAGGCAGAGCGCCAGCAAGGGGGAUGAUCUGCUUGCCAUGAUGGAUGAGUUAUAGCUGUGCUGGCCCGGCUCGCCCCCCCAAACGCCCCCUAUGGGACAGGCUGCCGGAUAAGGACCCUGGGGAUGCUCCAGGGAGCAAAAUGAUGCUGCGAGUUUUAUACUGAGCGUUAACUCCCAUUUCUGUCUAUGUUGUAACGAACUACGCAAGUCUCCCUCAAGGAGUGCCAUGUCUGGAAGGCACACACAUACGGAAGUUUUCAGCAAAAUAGAUUCUGGCU